AUGACUGUCACAAGCCUCGUGAUGCCCGCCCGGCGCACCGAUGCCCCCCGCAAACAACGUCCCGUCCGGUUGCCUCUCAUCGCACCCAAAGACGACUGUCUACAGCUCCCUGUUACCGGCAAGCUUGCUCGCCAGAGGAUUCCUGCCUCGCCAGGCACGCUGGCCACUCCCCCGCGGGUGCGUCUCCCGCCGCGGUCGAGAACUGGUUGUUGGACGUGUCGAAGUCGGAAAGUGAAAUGUGACGAGGGUCAUCCAACAUGCGGCCAAUGCGCCCGUCUAGGCCAUGUCUGCGACUACCGGCCCCGGCUGGCGUUCCGUGAUGACACCCGACGUAUCAUGGAGCGGAUGGCCGAUAUUUCCACCAAGGGAAAUGUGGUCUGGGAUGUCAAAUCGCGCACCUGGGGCACCAAGAACGCCCUGCUGUCUCCCGCAGAUGCGCUUCCCCCGUUCGCCAUGCUUACCUCGGACGAGGAUCGCGAGAGGAAGGCAGAGGCCUCGACUCCCGGCACGUACCAUGUCAUCAUGGUGCCGGACAGCUUCUCGGGCUUGCCCGAGUACGCUGAGUACACCGACGACUCCGUGGAUGGCUCCCUGCUCGAUGGCCGCCAGUCGUCAGUGGCCAGCUCGCCGAUCAGUGAUCAUGAAUGCGGCGCGGACUUUUCCGAUCCCAACACCGUCAUCCUCAAGAGAUUCCAUGACGUCUCCCGUCGCGUCCUCUCCUCCUGCAGGAGCUCCCCUCGUAUGUCGCCUGCCUCCGACUUGCUGGGAUCCAUCUCGCCACUCUCCCCGCCGCCCCAGUACGCACCCGCGGAAUACGACCUGGUCGAAGGGGACGAGGUUCCAUUCCCCGACCACUGGGUCAACCAGAGGAAUCAGGAUGCCCUCCUCUACGCCCAUUUUCGCGCCGUCGUGUGCCGGCAGUUCAUGCCCGCGGGAGAUGCAAACGCAUCGCAUGGCGUCAUCAAUUCCAUGGCAGAUGUGUUUGAGAACGAAGCGGCCCGCUUUCCACCGCUAUUCCAUGCAAUCAUGGCUGUCUCGGCCCUCAGCCUAGCCACCCAGGAACCCGGACAGCAGGCCAGCGCCCUCCAGCACUACCAGCAAGCAUUCCCCUUGUUACAAAGCAGCCUACAAAGCACUCAAGACCUCUCGUCGGAUGGGCUCUUUCUCACCCAUUUUCUCCUUUUAGUCUACGAGAUUUCUUGCGCCGAGCCCAACACCUCGAACCUGUGGUCGCAUCACAUCUCCCGGCUCCUCAACAUCAUCUUCAUGCGGAGAUCGGUGUACGGUACCGAACGGUUCCCCUUUGUCAUCUGGUGGGUGUGCAACUUCGAUUUGUAUGCCCUGCUUAGUGGCGCGAGCAAUGGCGAAUUUGUUGGUGCCAUGGUCGCCCACCACCUGCUGCCCAGCCCGGAGACCCUGCUCGGAGCCCCCACUGUCUACUCUCCUUACCAGAACCAGAGCAUGGGCAACAACAAUCUGUCCGCCAUCUCGCAGAUGUACUCGGACACGUUUCAACUGGCCGUGCAGCUUGGAUUUCUGGCGGCCUCGAUCCGGCAGCCCGCCGCGACCGCCAACUCGAGCCCGUUCUCCUUCUCCGCCCAUCGACACAAGGAUCUCUACGAGCUGAUGGAAGCGCUGCGCGAGCGCUGGGAAUCCCCGCACGCCGCCGUCCUGCUGCAGGACAAAGACCGGCUCCCUUGCCACGCCGCCCAGCUCCUCCACCAGGGGUACACGCUCUUCCACACCUGCAUGCUGUACAGCUACACGUCGAUGUGGGCGGGCCAGCGCCUCGAGCCCGAGGCCGCCUCGGACGAAGAGGUCGCCCCGCACGUCACUGCCAUCCUGCAACUCUCCGAGCAGCUGUUGGUGAAUCCCUCCGCGGGACAGGACACCAGCAAGCUCCAGUUUCUUGUUUUCCCGCUGUUUCUGGCCGGUGCCGCGGCCACCUCGAACGGAAUGAAGAUGCUGGCCAUGGACCUGCUGUCGACGGUUCCCGUCGGACUGGCCAGGACGCAGAGCAUGACGAGCUACUUGCUGCAGAUCAUUUUCGAGCGGCAGGCGCAGCGGCUCAUGACCGUCGGCCAUAAUUUGGACAUCGACUGGAUGGAGAUCAUGACUACACACGGUUUGCAGUUUGUUACUUUUGGCUUAUAA